UCCUUGUCAAUCCAACCUGCAUCUAUGCCCAUGCGUGUGUUCUGACCAACCUGCUUGUUUUAUUGUAUAUAUGCCCUGCUCUUCCUUCUCCGAGUAGCUGAGCAGCACACAACACAUAUGUAUACUUCCUCUCUGCUUUCUCCAUCCCAUUUUCUUCGCCAUGACCACCCUGCUUUACAUAUCGCUUGGCUUUCUUCUCUUCUCCCUGCACGUUACUCCGCCAUGCUCUGCCGCCACGAAUGAUACUCUCGCGGCAGGCGAAGUGCUCGCCGUUGGUGACAAGCUUGUGUCAAGAAACGGCAGGUUCACGCUCGGCUUCUUCCAGCCAAGCGUCGUCGUUAAGUCUGGCAACAUCACCUCUCCCAAUUGGUAUGUUGGAAUAUGGUUCAGUAACAUCUCAGUUUUUACUACUGUCUGGGUUGCUAAUAGGGAUAGUCCAGUCACUGAACUCCAGCUCAAUCAAACGCAGCUGAAACUAUCAAAAGAUGGCAACCUUGUCAUCUCAAGCAAUGCAUCCAUAAUCUGGUCCAGUACUGUCAAUAGGACAUCAGCCACCACCAUGAACAGCAGUACCAGUGUCGUUCUCUCAAACGAUGGAAACCUUGUGAUAGGAAGCUCACCCAAUGUGUUGUGGCAGAGCUUUGACUAUCCGUCAGAUGUUUUGCUUCCUGGAGCCAAGUUUGGCUGGAAUAAGGUCACUGGCUUUACUCGUCGGUUCACAUCAAAGAAGAACCUGAUUGAUCCAGGUCUUGGCUUGUACUAUGUUGAGCUUGACAACACAGGGAUUGACCUUAGCCGUAGUAACCCCCCAAAUAUGUAUUGGUCUUGGUCAUCUGAAAAGUCAUCAAGUGCACUUAUAUCAUUACUUAAUCAGCUGAUAAACAUAAAUCCAGAGACUAAAGGUCGGAUUAACAUGACAUAUGUCAACAACAAUGAAGAAGAGUACUAUGAAUACAUUUUAUUGGAUGAAUCAUAUUAUGCAUAUGUCUUGCUAGACAUCUCUGGGCAGAUCGAGAUAAAUGUUUGGUCACAAGAUACACAAUCCUGGAAGCAGGUUUAUGCCCAACCAGCUGAUCCCUGCACGGCGUAUGCUACUUGUGGACCUUUCACAAUCUGCAAUGGCAUUGCACAUCCAUUCUGUGACUGUAUGGAGAGCUUCUCUCAAAAGUCGCCUCGAGAUUGGGAGCUUGAUAAUAGAACAGCAGGUUGCUCUAGAAACACUCCGUUAGAUUGCAGUAACACGACAAGCUCCACAGACGUGUUCCACACCAUAGCUCGUGUUAGAUUGCCCUACAACCCCCAAAUUGUAGACAAUGCUACCACUCAGAGCAAAUGUGCACAGGCUUGUCUCAGUUACUGCUCCUGCAAUGCCUAUUCCUACGAAAAUAGUAAAUGCUCUAUUUGGCAUGGAGAUUUGCUUAGUGUAAAUAGGAAUGAUGGCAUUGAUAAUAGUUCUGAAGAUGUUCUCUACCUUCGGCUUGCCGCCAAAGAUGUGCCAAGUUCGAGAAAAAACAAAAUAAAGCCAAUCGUUGCAGUUGUUGCUGCAAGCAUUGUCAGUUUGUUGGUAAUGCUCAUGCUGAUCUUACUGGUAUUAAGGAAGAAACUAAGGUUCUGUGGCGCACAAUUACACGACAGUCAAUGUAGUGGUGGAAUUGUGGCCUUUAGAUACAAUGAUUUAUGUCAUGCUACUAAAAAUUUCUCUGAAAAGCUGGGAGGAGGUGGUUUUGGUUCUGUAUUCAAGGGAGUGCUAAGUGACUCGACUAUUAUAGCAGUGAAAAAGCUUGACGGUGCUCGUCAGGGAGAGAAGCAAUUCAGGGCUGAGGUGAGCUCAAUUGGAUUGAUCCAACAUAUCAACCUUGUCAAAUUGAUUGGUUUCUGUUGCGAAGGUGAUGAGAGACUACUUGUGUAUGAACACAUGGUAAAUGGUUCUCUUGAUGCCCAUCUGUUUCAGAGCAAGGCUACUGUCCUGAAUUGGACCACCAGGUAUAACCUAGCCAUAGGAGUUGCUAGAGGAUUGUCCUACUUGCAUCAGAGCUGCAACGAAUGCAUCAUACAUUGUGAUAUUAAGCCAGAAAACAUACUUCUCGAUGCAUCGUUUGCCCCUAAAAUUGCAGACUUUGGGAUGGCAGCAUUUGUAGGAAGGAACUUUAGCCGAGUUUUGACUACAUUCAGAGGCACAGUAGGAUAUCUUGCUCCAGAGUGGAUUAGUGGAGUUGCUAUUACACCAAAAGUUGAUGUUUAUAGCUUCGGUAUGGUACUUUUGGAAAUCUUAUCAGGAAGAAGGAAUUCAUAUAAAGUUCAUACUGAUGACAAUAGUGAUCAAGUUGCCUUUUUCCCUGUGCAAGCCAUUAGCAAGCUUCAUGAGGGAGAUGUCCAGAGUUUGGUAGACCCGCAGUUAAAUGGUGACUUCAGUCUAGUAGAGGUUGAAAGAGUUUGCAAAGUUGCAUGUUGGUGCAUCCAAGAGAAUGAGAUUGAUCGGCCAACAAUGAAUGAAGUGGUCCGGGUUCUUGAGGGUUUACAGGAGCUUGAUAUGCCUCCAAUGCCACGGCUACUUGCAGCUUUAGCAGAAUGCACUGUUGUGGCUCACUGUGAUGAUGAUUCAUAAGUACUUCCUAGUUGAUGUUAAUAAUAUUUGUCUUAGAAAAUUUUGAGGUUCUAACAUGAGUGGAAGAAAAGGAAUGUAAGCUGGGUAGUGCUAAAUUGUAACGCAUUUUUUCAAUAACCAAUUGUUGUAAGCAGGCAUUACAGCAAAGAUUUGGCAGAAAUAGAGAUACAUGCCCGAUGCCUAUGUUUUGUUGAUGGUCUAGUUGGCAUAUAUUGUUAAACUCAACAAGUUAAUCUA